AUGGAAGCGUUAUUGGAAAGUCUGGUAAAAUUUCUGAAUUCUCCCAUAAUCCAGGAGGAGCUUGGAUUGCUCUGUGGUAUUGAAACAGAGAUACAAAAGCUUUCAAGCUUGCUAUCAACAACCAAAGCAGUGAUUGAAGAUGCCGAGCUGAGGCAAUUUACUGACAAGGCAAUUCAACUUUGGCUGCAGAAGCUCAAUCUUAUUGCUUAUGAAGUCGAUGACAUAUUAGAUGAUUAUGCAACCGAAGUCUCGAGAGAACCGAAAUGCAAAAACAGAUGUUGUAAUGUAUUGGAUUGUCUUCCAGCAACAUCAAACAUAUGGUUUCGGCACAGGCUUGGAGCAAGGAUGAAGGAAAUCAAUGGAAAAUUUGAUGCAGUUGCUGAUGAGAGAAUAAAGCUUGGAUUAAGUGAUCAGAAGCGUGGGAGCAACCACUUUUUGCUUGAUUCCACUGCAACACGUGAGACUGGUUCCUUGCUAAAUGAACCUGAUCUAGUCCUUGGAAGGGACGAGGAGAAAGACGAGAUUGUGAAAAUAUUGGUGAAUCAAGUCAGCGAUAAUCAAAAUGUAUCAGUGCUCCCUAUAGUGGGUGUUGGAGGCCUUGGAAAGACAACACUUGCACAAUUGGUCUUCAAUGGUAAGCGCGUAAUUGAGCAUUUUGAGCUAAAACUCUGGGUUUGGGUUUCAGAGGAUUUUGAUGUGAAGAGGAUAAUAAAAGCCUUAAUUGAGUCUGCAAAAGGGACUUCUGCUGAAGCCCUAGGCAUGGAUCCUCUUCGAAGAAAACUUCAAGAGUUGUUGAGAGGGAAAAGAUACUUGAUUGUACUGGAUGAUGUCUGGAAUGAGAAUCCAGAGGAAUGGGAGAAACUGAAAUCUGUUCUGGAAUGCGGCUCAAGAGGUAGUUCAAUUGUCACAACAACUCGUGUGGAGAAGGUUGCCACAAUAAUGGGCACAUUACAGAAACAUUAUCUGUCAAGUUUGUCAAACAAUCAGUGUUGGUCAUUGUUUAGGCAACGGGCAUUUGGUCGUCAAGAGGCAGAAAAAUAUCCUAACCUUAUAGCCAUUGGAAAAGAGAUUGUGAAAAAAUGUGGUGGUGUUCCACUAGCUGCAAAGGCUCUCGGAGGCUUUCUACGAUUCAAGAGAGAAGAAACUGAAUGGAACUUUGUGAAAUCUAGUGAGCUUUGGAACUUACCUGAAGUUGAAACACAUAUCUUGCCCGCAUUGAGAUUGAGCUACCUUAAUCUUCCGGUAGAGUUGAGAGGUUGCUUUGCAAAUUGUGCAGUAUUUCCCAAGGGCUCUGAAAUUGAAAAAGAAGAGGUAAUACAUUUGUGGAUGGCAAAUGGAUUGAUUUCAUCUAAUGGAACGAUGGAAGUGGAAGAUGUUGGUGAUGCUGUGCUGACUGAACUACAUUAUAGAUCACUGUUCCAAGCUAUGGCGAAAGAUGAGUUUGGCAGUGUCCUCACUUUUAACAUGCAUGACCUUGUCCAUGAUCUAGCUCAAUCUGUAAUGGAGGCGAAACAAGGUGGAACAGAGUCAAAAAGAACCAUGAUGUUGUUUCUGGGACAUCAGCUAACAAUGGCUUUUCCUAUUACAAGCACAGGCAUUGAUCAGUUUUCUUCUUUCUUGUCAAAAUGUGGUUCCUUGAGGGCGCUCAUUGUAAGCUCAAUGUGGUUGAAAGAACAAUUUAUGAAGUUGCCACUUGCAGUAAGCAACCUGCAACAUUUGAGGCAUCUAAAUCUUUCAAGAUCUGAAAUUGUUGAACUACCCAAAUUCAAUUUGUGA